GUAACCAGGAAGUAUAAACCAAGUGAAUGGACUCCUUCGACAGUUCACUUUUUUGCAAGACGUUUCUUUGUUUAAAAAGUAUAUUUUAUGUGUGUUUUUCUUGAAUGGUCAGUAAGACAGUCUCCGAAUCGUCGACCGAGCCUUGUUUGUGACCGGAAUGAGUGACAGAAGCUGCGGUUCCAUGCCGGUGGCCCGCACUGUGCUCCAGCAGUGUCUGCAAGCCCGGCUGCAGGUGACCCCGGCCGGGGAGCAUUCAGAGGCCCAAUGGGUUCAGGUCGAAAGAGGAAUGGUGAUCUACGUCUGUUUUUUCAAAGGAGCAACAGACGACAUCCUGCCCAAGAUGGUUUCCACGCUGUUGAACUUGCGGCUGUGCGAGUCAGACUCCGGGAAGAUGGUGUCGGUGCUGGAGCUCCCCGGCAGGGUGCUGGUGGUCCCCCAGGCCACCCUGGGGGGCAAAGCCAAAGGCAAAGCCAUGCAGUACCACAACAACAUCGGCAAAGAGGACGGACUGCGGCUCUACGGCGCUUUUGUUUCUCUUUGUGAGCAGGAACUGGCGGCGGCUGUCUCGUCCAACAACGUGACAGUCAAACACGGAACCUACGGGAACAGACAGGUCCUGAAGCUGGACACCAACGGGCCUUACACGCAUCUGAUGGACUUCUGAAAAGCCGAGAUGUGUGUGGAGUUAAUUCAAGCAGAAUUAUGGCUCCAAAUGAGGCCUGGGUGUUUGUCCUCUGGUGAAGAUAAAACCCGAAUCGGUUCCAGACCUGGCAGUGGUGCGUCAAUAUUCACAAAGUAAGAUUAAAUAAAUGAAAUAUUUGCAUUAA